AUGGCGGCGCGCUAGAGCCGGGCGGCGGCCGCGCCCCCCGCGCCCCCCGCGCCGCCACCGCCGCCGCCACCGCCGACAUGUCGCUGCUCUGCGUCGGAGUUAAAAAGGCCAAGUAUGACGGGCCCCAAGAGAAAUUUAACACCUACGUGACCCUGAAGGUGCAAAAUGUCAAGAGCACGACCAUCGCGGUGCGGGGCAACCUGCCCUCCUGGGAGCAGGACUUCAUGUUUGAGAUCAACAGGCUUGACCUGGGCCUGACAGUGGAGGUGUGGAACAAGGGGCUCAUCUGGGACACUAUGGUGGGGACAGUGUGGAUCCCCCUGCGGACCAUCCGGCAGUCCAACGAGGAGGGCCCUGGGGAAUGGCUCACGCUCGACUCCCAGGUCAUCAUGACCGACAACGAGAUUUCGGGCACCAAGGACCCGACUUUCCACCGCAUCCUCCUUGACACCCGCUUUGAGCUGCCGCUGGAUAUCCCCGAGGAGGAGGCCAGGUACUGGGCCAAGAAGCUGGAGCAGCUCAACGCGAUGCGGGACCAGGAUGAUUAUGCCUUCCAGGAGGAGCAGGAAAAGCCUCUGCCCGUGCACGGCUCCCAGUGCUGCAACUGGAAUUAUUUUGGCUGGGGAGAACAGCAGAAUGAUGACCCUGACAGCACGGUGGAUGACCGGGACAGCGAUUACCGCAGCGAGACCAGCAACAGCAUCCCCCCCCCUUACUACACCACGUCCCAGCCCAACGCCUCCGUGCACCAGUACCCCAUGAGGCACCAGCAGCAGAGCUCCCGUGACUCCUACACUGACUCCAUGCAGAGCUACGAGAUGGACUACUCGGACCAGGCUCCCAUCAGCCCCACGGGGAGCAGUCGCUACGCCUCGUCGGCCGAGCUGAGCCAGGGCAGCUCCCAGCUGAGCGAGGACUUCGAGAACGAGAGCCUGCGGGACUCGGAGCUGGACGAGAGGGACGGCGACUCCUACCACUCCUGCCACAGCUCCGUCAGCUACCGCAAGGACUCACCGCGCUGGGAGGAGGAGGACGACGAUGAUCUCUACCUGGAGGAGGAGGAGGAAGAGUUCAUUGAGGACUACAGUGAGACUGAGGAAGGCUACCCCAAGGAGGAGGAGCUGGAGGAGGAGGAGGAGCUGCGGGAGGAGGACACUUAUGAACCCCCCGAGGACGAAAUGUACCCCCCGCCACAGAAACCUCCCGCACAGCAGCAGCAGCAGCAACAGGUCCCACAACAGCAACAGCAACAGCAACAGCAGCAACAGCAACAGCAACAGCAGCAACCUCAGCUGGUCCCACAGCUGAAGCCACAGCAGCAAGAGAGAAAGGAGGAGAGGAAGGAGGAGAGAAAAGAGGAGAGGAAGGAGGAGAAGGACACCUCUGCCUCCCAGGAGACUCCUGAGGCCCUCGAGGCCCAGAGGGGAGCGGAGGAAGCUCCCGUGCAAGAGGCAGCCCCAGAGUCUGAGCCCCCAAAACCUGCUGAGAGGGAGCAGGCAGAAGAGGAGGUGGACCCCAAAGCACGAGCCAAAGCCAACUGGCUGAGAGCCUUCAACAAGGUCUGCAUGCAGCUGCAGGAGGCCCGCGGGGAAGGUGAUGGAGAAUCCAAAUCCCUGUGGUUCAAAGGCGGGCCUGGUGGUGGGCUGAUCAUUAUAGACAGCAUGCCGGACAUUCGCAAGCGAAAACCCAUCCCCCUAGUUAGCGAUUUGGCCAUGUCCCUGGUCCAGUCCAGGAAAGCGGGAAUCACGUCCGCACUGGCCUCGAGCACCUUGAACAACGAGGAGCUGAAAAACCAUGUUUACAAGAAGACCCUGCAAGCCUUAGUGUACCCCAUCUCCUGCACGACGCCCCACAACUUCGAGGUGUGGACGGCCACCACCCCCACCUACUGCUACGAGUGCGAGGGGCUCCUGUGGGGCAUCGCCCGGCAGGGCAUGCGCUGCGCCGAGUGCGGCGUCAAGUGCCACGAGAAGUGCCAGGACCUGCUCAAUGCCGACUGCCUGCAGAGAGCAGCAGAGAAGAGCUCCAAGCACGGAGCAGAGGACCGGACCCAGAACAUCAUCAUGGUGCUCAAGGACCGCAUGAAGAUCCGGGAGCGCAACAAGCCGGAGAUAUUUGAGCUGAUCCAGGAGGUGUUUGGGGUCAACAAGACCACGCACACACAGCAGAUGAAGGCAGUGAAGCAGAGCGUCCUGGACGGCACCUCCAAAUGGUCGGCCAAGAUCAGCAUCACGGUGGUUUGUGCCCAGGGCCUGCAAGCAAAGGAUAAGACGGGUUCCAGUGACCCCUAUGUCACUGUCCAGGUUGGAAAGACGAAAAAAAGGACUAAAACUAUCUACGGCAAUCUCAACCCAGUCUGGGAGGAGAAUUUCCAUUUCGAGUGCCAUAACUCCUCUGACCGCAUCAAGGUCCGUGUGUGGGACGAAGACGAUGACAUCAAAUCCCGCGUCAAACAGCGCUUCAAGAGGGAAUCUGAUGACUUCCUGGGCCAGACCAUCAUCGAGGUCCGGACCCUGAGUGGGGAGAUGGACGUCUGGUACAACCUCGACAAGCGGACAGAUAAGUCAGCCGUGUCGGGAGCCAUCCGGCUGCACAUCAGCGUGGAGAUCAAAGGCGAGGAGAAGGUGGCCCCCUACCAUGUCCAGUACACCUGCCUGCACGAGAACCUGUUCCACUUUGUGACGGAUUUGCAAAACAACGGCGUGGUGAAGAUCCCCGACGCCAAGGGGGACGAUGCCUGGAAGGUGUACUUUGAUGAGACGGCGCAGGAGAUCGUGGACGAGUUUGCCAUGCGCUACGGGGUGGAGUCCAUCUACCAGGCCAUGACCUCUGACCCCCAGUCCGAAACGCAGCCCAAGGAAGGAGGGAAGGAAGGGCAGCAGGACAGCAGGAAGCAGAGAGAUGAGCCGCGAGCAGCGGGGGCUGGGAUGGGAGCAGAGAGAGCCAGGGGUGGGGGGAGGGGGGUCGGGCUCUGCCGCCGUUCCCCUGUUUACCUGCUCUGGGGCGUUUCUCCGCAGAAAGAUCGCUUCGUCAAACUCCUGGACCAGCUGCACAACUCCCUGCGCAUCGACCUCUCCAUGUACCGGAACAACUUCCCUGCCAGCAGUCCCGAGCGGCUGCAGGAUCUCAAGUCCACGGUGGAUUUGCUGACCAGCAUCACCUUCUUUCGGAUGAAGGUCCAGGAGCUGCAGAGCCCCCCACGAGCCAGCCAGGUGGUGAAGGACUGUGUGAAGGCCUGUCUCAACUCCACCUACGAGUACAUCUUCAACAACUGCCACGAGCUCUACAGCCGCGAGUACCAGACAGACCCAAAUAAGAAAGGCGAGGUGCCCCCUGAGGAGCAGGGCCCCAGCAUCAAAAACCUGGAUUUCUGGUCCAAGCUCAUCACCCUGAUCGUCUCCAUUAUUGAGGAAGACAAGAACUCCUACACACCCUGCCUGAACCAAUUCCCUCAGGAACUGAACGUGGGGAAGAUCAGCGCCGAGGUGAUGUGGAACCUCUUUGCUCAGGACAUGAAGUAUGCGAUGGAGGAGCACGAGAAGCACCGGCUGUGCAAGAGCGCAGACUACAUGAACCUGCACUUCAAGGUGAAGUGGCUGUACAACGAGUACGUCACCGAGCUGCCCUCCUUCAAGAGCCGCGUGCCCGAGUACCCCGCCUGGUUCGAGCCCUUCGUUAUCCAGUGGCUGGAUGAGAACGAAGAGGUGUCGCGGGAUUUCCUGCACGGAGCGCUGGAGCGGGACAAGAAGGAUGGGUUCCAGCAGACAUCAGAGCAUGCCCUCUUCUCCUGCUCCGUGGUGGAUGUCUUCUCCCAGCUCAACCAGAGCUUCGAGAUCAUCAAGAAACUGGAGUGCCCCGACCCCCAGAUUGUUGGGCACUACAUGCGGAGGUUUGCCAAGACCAUCAGCAAUGUGCUGCUCCAGUAUGCCGAGAUCAUCUCCAAGGAUUUUGCCUCAUACUGCUCUAAGGAGAAGGAGAAAGUGCCCUGCAUUCUGAUGAACAACAUCCAGCAGCUGCGUGUCCAGCUGGAGAAAAUGUUUGAAGCCAUGGGUGGAAAGGAGCUGGACACAGAAGCCAGUGAUAUCCUCAAGGAACUGCAGGUGAAGCUCAACAACGUCCUGGAUGAUCUGAGCCGAGUCUUUGCCACCAGUUUCCAGCCACACAUCGAGGAGUGUGUGAAGCAGAUGGGGGACAUCCUGGGCCAGGUGAAGGGCACUGGCAACGUCCCUGCCAGCACUUGCAGCAGUGUCGCGCAGGACGCCGACAACGUCCUGCAACCCAUCAUGGACCUCCUGGACAGCAACCUGACACUCUUCGCCAAGAUCUGCGAGAAGACGGUGCUGAAGCGGGUGCUGAAGGAGCUCUGGAAGCUGGUGAUGAACACCAUGGAGAAGACCAUCGUCCUGCCCCCACUCACGGACCAGACGAUGAUUGGCACGCUCUUGAGAAAACAUGGCAAGGGGACAGAGAAGAGCAGGGUGAAGCUGCCCAGUCACACUGAAGGCACGCAGAUGAUUUUCAACGCGGCCAAGGAGCUGGGGCAGCUCUCCAAGCUGAAGGACCACAUGGUGCGUGAGGAAGCCAAGAGCCUGACCCCGAAGCAGUGUGCCGUGGUGGAGCUGGCGCUGGACACCAUCAAGCAAUACUUCCAUGCCGGCGGGGUGGGGCUGAAGAAGACGUUCCUGGAGAAGAGCCCGGACCUGCAGUCGCUGCGCUAUGCCCUGUCCCUCUACACCCAGGCCACGGACCUGCUCAUCAAAACCUUCGUGCAGACCCAGUCCUCGCAGGGCUCCGGCGUGGAGGACCCCGUGGGGGAGGUGUCGAUCCACGUGGAGCUCAUCACCCACCCCGGCACUGGCGAGCACAAGGUCACGGUCAAAGUGGUGGCUGCAAAUGACCUCAAGUGGCAGACGUCGGGCAUCUUCCGGCCCUUCAUCGAGGUCAACAUCAUCGGGCCCCACCUCAGCGACAAGAAGAGGAAAUUCGCCACCAAAUCCAAGAACAACAGCUGGGCCCCCAAGUACAACGAGAGCUUCCAGUUCACGCUGGGCACAGAGACGGGCCCCGAGUGCUACGAGCUGCAGGUGUGUGUGAAGGAUUACUGCUUCGCCCGCGAGGACCGCACGGUGGGCAUCGCCGUGCUGCAGCUGCGGGACAUCCUGCAGCGCCCCGGCGUCGCCUGCUGGCUGCCCCUGGGCCGCCGCAUCCACAUGGACGACACCGGGCUCACCGUGCUGCGCAUCCUGUCCCAGCGCAACAACGACGACGUGGCCAAGGAGUUCGUCAAGCUCAAGUCGGACACGCGCUCGGCCGAGGAGGGCAGCAGUUAAAGCUCCUCGCGCCCCCACCCGCCCGGCCCUCGUCCCCUCCCCGCUCCUGGCCCCCCUCAGAGCCCCCUCCAGCCGUGUAUAAGCCAUAAGAGCGGCCACAGAGGAGUCGCCGUGCCGGCCCGGGGGAGGGGGUGACGUGGCUGCAGUGACAGACCCUCCCCUCCCUCCCUGGCCGUGCUGGCGGGGUGACAGCGGUGCCGGGCACAGCCAGGCCCCCAUCCCACCCUGUGGGAAGGUGCUGGGGCUGGGGGGGCUGCAGGGAAGGGCUGGACCCCAGCCUGGGUGAUGGGACCAAUCUGCCCUUCCCCAGCCUGUCUGAGGUGGAGGACCCCCCCCCCCGGCACAUCCCUGAACCUGCGCUGUCACACCCAGCCCCAAACCUCACUGAGGGACAAAGGAAAGGGUUGGGGGAGGUGUGUGGGAUGUGAGGGGCUGUGUUGGUGGUCUGAGGGGCUGUGUGUGUGUGUGUGUGUGUGUGUGAUCCCACCCAGGGGUGUUGCUGAGUGGUUGUGACAGCCCCUUGUCCCCAUCCCUGAGCGCUGUGGUGUGCCCUGAGGGGCAGGGCAGCUCCCACCCCUGAGCACCUGUACAUAUGUAAAUACCUGUACAUACAGGGCAGCCGGCCAGGCUGUGUCCUGCACCCGGAAGGGCUAUUGGGGCUGUUGGGUUGGCAGGUGCAGCCCCCACGUGCCCUGCACGGGGUCCCCUCCCUGGCUGGCAGCGGCAUCACCGGGGCCGGGAGCAGCAGGGAGCAGCCCCCGGCCCAUAUCCUGUCUUCCCUGCCUUGCUGCCACCAUGGGCUGCCCCACUGCCUCCCACGAGGUGCCAGGGCUUGAGGGGGCAAGGGCUGGGGGCACCAGAGCAGGGGGACCUGUCCCCCUUUGCUCUGGCCAGUGGGGACCAGCAUCCCCGUGCAGGGCAGCCCAUGGGACCUCCUCGGCGCAAGCAAGACCCUUCCCACCCCUCCCCAGAGGACCCCUCCCUCCGGUUCCCCACUAAGCACCAGUUCUGUCCCACCCCAGUUCCCCCAGUAAGCACCAUUUCUGUGUGGUAAGUGGUGUGUGCAUGUCUCGUGCGAGUGCCUGGGAGGUCAGGGUGUGUGGUGUCGGGGUGGCCACCCCAGUGGGCCAGUUUGCCCUGAGUACUGGGGCAGACAGAGGCCUGACAACCCCACAAGUCAAUACAGCUCUCUCAGCCCCCUCCCACCCCAAAACAGGGUACCCCCACUGGCCCCCACGCUCCUUUUUCUAGAGGGUUUGCCUGGGACCAAAGGGUUUCGCUUUCCUCUCUCUCGUUUCUGUUCAAUGUUUACACCCUUUUUCUACAGCUGCUCCUGCACAGCCAGGCUGGGGCUCAGCCCUGCACCCCUGGCCCUGUGCCCCCUCCCCAAACUGUCCUGUUGGCAUGUGAUUGAACUGACCAAUUCUGCUCCUGUAGCACAGUGUCACCGAUGCCUGUGUGUCUGUCCCGCCGGCGGCGGCGGCUGCCAUGGAUGCAUGACAGUGAGAUGUUUUGCACUAUUUUGAAUUUUUUGGGCUCUGUAAAAAUAUUUUAUUAUAACUGACAUUAAAAAGCACACCCUUC